AUGGCCACCCGGAAUCGAAGCCGGGCAAUUGCCUUGGCUCUCUUUAUCUUUGGCGGUUGCUUCAUCACUCCCUAUCCUCGACAAAAUGGUCGUGUCAAAAGCUCCGUCACGCGACGGGCGGAAAUGGAGGACCAAACCGACAUUCUCGCCAAGGCGCUGGCUGGCGGUCCACCUUUACGUAUCGGCGAUAAGGGCUUGGAGUUCGAACUCGGCAAAGGUGCAGAAGGCUCCAGUGUGAAGUGGGGCCUGCUCAAGGAGAGGACACCUGAGGUGGACCAAUCCGCAAAAGCGCGAGAACAGCGUGCAGAGCUUCGCGCCAAAGCGGCGCGAGACUUGGUCAACAUUGACGAUGAAGAGCGGGAAAGACGACGUGUUGCAAGCUAUGCCUUCGCAGCAUUUGCUGCACUUCUUGCACUGUACCUGCUUUGGAGUAAUGCUCCAUGGUAUAGCCGCGGGGCGUUGUUUCCUGUGGUUGCUCUUGCAUGGGGAUACAAUCUCUCAGCAAAGGAGGGACUCUGA